AAGUACAGUACCAUGGCUCCCAAAGACAUCAUGAUCAACUCCCAUGCCAAAUCCAUCCUCAAUGCCAUGAAUGUACUUCGUAAGAGCAACACACUCUGUGACAUCACUUUGAGAGUGGAGAAUACUGACUUUCCUGUGCACCGCAUUGUCCUGGCAGCCUGCAGUGACUACUUCUGUGCCAUGUUCACCAGUGAGGUAACUAAGCACAAGACUGGAGAUAAUGUAGAGGUGAUUCCUCACAAAACCAGGCCAAAAAAAGGUUUUCAGGAAAUCUAAUCCUAAGAAGGGUCCUUUGGAAGAAGGAUUGUUGACAUUUGUGCUUAAUUAUUUCUCUAUUAUGCUUUUACAUACAAAUAUAUGUCAACAAUCCUUCCUCCAAAGGACCAUUCUACCAUUCUAUGGAUUAAAGUUAAUGAAAAUCCCCCAAAUCAUGGUAUUUUUUUGUUCCAGUGUCAUCAGCAUGAAUAACUUUCUAAAUACUUUUGCUGGUGGUUCUCUUUGUAUGCAGAAUGAGACAGGGAAUAAUUGUUUGACUGAUUCCGAGGUUGACAAUGCCCAAAAUACUUUCUACAUAACCCAGAUAAGAUUUGUGUAGGCUGAAAUUAAACUGAUAUUCAUUUCCUUAAGCAAUAUGUAUUUCAGUGUCUAUCGAAACUGCCAUCUGGUUAUUAAUUCAAUAAAAACUUGAACUAAAUUGCAUGGAUCAUAUUCUCAACCACGAAAAAGCCAUGAAAGUGCAUAGCAGAAAGUCCAAUCCUAAUUAUUUCUCUGCAGCUCAGUUGACCUAGUUUGUCUUUCCUUUAACAUUUUUAGCUCUCUAAGAAUCACCAGGUGAGCAUUGCUCUUUUACUAUCAAAGCUGACUAUAAUCCACAGCUGCCUACACAUGUAUGACAAAUAGUAAACCAUUUGUAUUCAUUUUUUGCAAGGAGUUGUGAUCUAUUCCCCUUUAGUCUCUUCUCACAGCCAGAAGUAAGCGUGCGGAGCAUCCAGGGUCUGGCGAGAGAGACUACUAACUCUACUCAUUUAAGCUGAUGUGUCUGUCUUUGCUGUUGUGCUUUUGCAGCUGUCAGAGAAAGGGAAAUCCUUCAUAGACAUUCAGGGGUUGACUGCAUCCACCAUGGAGAUCCUGCUGGACUUUGUUUACACAGAGACAGUCCUGGUCACAGUGGAGAAUGUCCAGGAACUGCUUCCUGCUGCCUGUCUGCUGCAGCUCAAAGGUAAGUUGAGAAGGCUAAAAAUAAUGAGAACCCUUGGACUAUAUGCACUAUACUUUACAUCCACUGUAUUUACUCUGUGGAAUAAACUACCUGUAUGUCAGUUAAAUCUAAAUCUGCUCCUUUGUGAAAGGAAAUGCACACCCAUCAGCUCCCCUUAUCAGGUUUGUGCAAUAUGAUUGGCUAAUGUGUUACUAAUUUGAUAAUGUAGUUGAAACAUGAUGUUAAUUUAUGUCAACAAGUUUUUUAGCAAAUUAAAGAUCGCUCCGCCAUUUCCAGGUUGCAAAAAUUGUAAUAGUUCGCCUCAUUUCAGUUUAUGUGACAAAAACAAGCAAGUAUAGUGUAGAGAAUCAUUGUACCAUCUAAACCGCUGUGAAAUAUAAUUUCCAUAACCAAAAAUAUUGUAUUUUCAGCUGUUUGAAGCUAGUGUACAAAACCGAACGUGAAGAACGGGAAGCAUAGAAAUGGCACACAUAGAACAUAUCUACCGCUUCUUAGACUUGCUUUUAAUGAGAAUGACAGAUCUAUAACACACAUUUCUACGUGAAUUUUGUCAGGUUGCCGAAAAUGUUACAUAUUGCAGCUUUAAAUACUUCCACAUUAUUUGACAAAUGAACAUACUGUACUUCUUUGUAUUCCUCAGGAGUGAAAAGAGCAUGUUGUGACUUUCUGGAUAGUCAGCUUGAUCCCACAAACUGCCUGGGCAUUCGGGACUUUGCUGAGACCCACAAUUGCCUUGACCUGAUGCAGGCCGCUGAGCUCUUCUCUCAGAAGCACUUCCCUGAGGUGGUUCAACAUGAGGAGUUUAUGCUGCUCAGCCAGAACGAGGUUGAAAAACUAGUUAAAUGCGAUGAAAUCCAGGUAAACAAAGGAGGAUUUGGUGAGGUAUUAUACCUGUGUCCUAACGCUCUAAUUGGGAUAGUAAUGUUGUUGUUACAUUGUAGGCCUACAUUAGGUAGCCUUUGUAAAUGCAUAUUAAUGGAGUUGAAUGGUUUUUGUUAUUACACUAGUGUAAUAGGAAAAGUCCCUGUACCUCUUUUGUAAUUACAACUCAAUUUCUAUGCAAUUAAACUACAAUUACUGACGUACUAAGUAACAACAUGUUAAUACAAUGUUGUUACUAGUGUAAUUAUGAUGAUACUACAAAGCUAUGAGAGAAACUUGAUGUAAAGCGCUACGAAAGUGGAAUAGUAUUCUGAAUUUGUUUGUGAGCACACAGUCAUGCAGCCUCAGGUGCAUGUCUGAUCUCCAUUCGGGGUCAUCUUUGAAUGCGUCGGGGACACUUUUCACAAGUGUCAAAUUGUCCUUCAAAAACCUUAAGUGGAAAGGAAAGCUGCAAGUGUAGACCUGCAGUAAUCUGCCCCCUGUGCAGAUUUGCCUGGCUCUGAAAUUAUGGAGAAGACAAUCUGAUUUAAGUAUGCUUUUGUGCUCUGGAAAUUCCUGUCUUUAACCGCACAGCGCAUAUCUUUCUGUAUGAAAACAUAAUUGUAACCAUGGGACUUGAUUUAUAGUUUACCUAUUAAUUCAAAGUAUUUUUGCUUGUCACGAUUUUCGUGAUCAAAAUGUGUGUAAUAUACAGUGCAUUCGGAAAGUAUUCAGACCCCUUGACUUUUUCCACAUUUUGUUACAUUACAGCCUUAUUCUAAAAUUGGUCUACACACAAUGCCCCAUAAUGACAAAGCAAAAACAGGUUUUUAAUUUUUUAUUAACCAUUAUUAAUGGAAAUAUCACAUUUACAUAUGUAUUCAGACCCUUUACUCAGUACUUUGUUGAAGCACCUUUGGCAGCGAUUACAGCCUCAAGUCUUCUUGGGUAUGACGCUACAAGCUUGGCACACCUGUAUUUGGGGAGUUUCUCCCAUUCUUCUCUGCAGAUCCUCUCAAGCACUGUCAGGUUGGGUGGGGAGCGUUGCUGCACAGCUAUUUUCAGGUCUCUCCAGAGAUGUUCGAUCGGGUUCAAGUCGAAGCCACUCCUGCGUUGUCUUGGCUGUGUGCUUAGGGUCGUUGUCCUGUUGGAAGGUGAACCUUCACCCCAGUCUGAGGUCCUGAGCGCUCUGGAGCAGGUUUUCAUCAAGGAUCUCUCUGUACUUUGCUCCGUUCAUCUUUGCCUCGAUCCUGACUAAUCUCCCAGUCCCUGCCGCUGAAAAACAUCCCCACAGCAUGAUGCUGCCACCACCAUGCUUCACCGUAGGGAUGGUGCCAGGUUUCCUCCAGACGUGACGCUUGGCAUUCAGGCCAAAGAGUUCAAUCUUGGUUUCAUCAGACAGAGAAAAUCUUGUUUCUCAUGGUCUGAGAGUCUUUACGCGCCUUUUGGCAAACUCCAAGCGGGCUGUCACGUGCCUUUUACUGAGGAGUGGCUUCCGUCUGGCCACUCUACCAUAACAGCCUAAUUGGUGGAGUGCUGCAGAGAUGGUUGUCCUUCUGGAAGGUUCUCCCAUCUCCACAGAGGAACUCUAGAGCUCUGUCAGAGUGACCAUCGGGUUCUUGGUCACCUCCCUGACCAAGGCCCUUCUACCCAGAUUGCUCAGUUUGGCCGGGCGGCCAGCUCUAGGAAGAGUCUUGGUGGUUCCAAACUUCUUCCAUUUAAGAAUGAUGAAGACCACUGUGUUCUUGGGGACCUUCAAUGCUGCAUAAAUGUUUUGCUACCCUUCCCCAGAUCUGUGCCUCGACACAAUCCUGUCUCGGAGCUCAACAGACAAUUCCUUCGACCUCAAGGCUUGGUUUUUGCUCAGACGUGCACUGUCAACUGUGGGACCUUAUAUAGACAGGUGUGUGCCUUUCCAAAUCAUGUCCAAUCAAUUGAAUUUACCACAGGUGGACUCCAAUCAAGUUAUAGAAACAUCUCAAGGAUGAUCAAUGGAAACAGGAUGCACCUGAGCUCAAUUUCGAGUCUCAUUGCAAAGGGUCUUAAUACUUAUGUAAAUAGCAAAUGGUCUGAAUACUUAUGGAAAUAAGCUAUUUCUGUUUUUAAUAAAUUUGCAAACAUUUCUAAAAACCUUUUUUCGCUUUGUCAUUAUGGGGUAUUGUGUGUAGAACACUUUCCGAAGGCACUGUAGUUAGGAUUUUGUACAAAAACUUUCACCUGACCGGUAGCUUAGCAAGUAUGGAACAUUCAGGGAUGUGAGGGUAUGAGGUCGAAUCCCGUUGAAGGCAUACUGUUUUGAAAAUUGUUUUAUGUGAAACCACACUUUCUGCAUUGUUGUUCAAAUAUUUGUUAUAUGUACAUUUACAUUACAUUUUAGUAAUUUAGCAGACGCUCUUAUCCAGAGCGACUUACAGUUAGUGAGUGCAUACAUUUUCAUACUGCAAUCAAUGUAGUUAAGGUUCAAUGAAGGGAGUCAGUGUUCCAUCCAUCAUCACAGCUGGAGACUAAUAACCGCAUCUGAACCAAGGACAGGAGGCACCUUGGCAUUUAAAUGUAGUAUAGUAUAAGCUUCUGUCUUAAGCAUCCUAAAUAAUGCCAUAGAUUCAGUUUUUGAAAAAUAGUGAACUUGAAGGCAAAAAAGGGAAGCAUGAUAUAAGGUGUGAACCUGGUAUUCCAACUGAUUAUAGGCUACUAAAGCUAACGACUUACCGCUGCGCCACAGAGUUUUAAUGAAAACAGUGGAGAGAAAAUGGCUAUCUGAUAAUCACAUGCUGCUAUUUAUUGCUGAUCAGCAGAUGUCCCUAAUGUGCAUUGUGAACAGAUAAUGAAGCGCAGAGUAAUUAACAGUUUUUCGGCACAAUUUCAGAAAGCCUCAGUUUCCCUUCACUAUUAAUAACCAGAGUUAAACCAAAACCACGCCCAUCAUUAUCAUAUUUCCCAGAAUGCUCUAUUGCGGGUUGAUUUUUAGAAUUGUUUCAAUAUCUAUGUUUUGCAUGUACAUUGAUUGAUUAAUUAAUCUUAUGCCACUCAAAUAUAAAUAACAUAAAUGUUUCUAAACUUAUCCAAUCAUGUUUGGUUUUGUUGUCAAGGUGUGUGGUUGUCAAUACAUAUUGUCUCUAUUUGCAGGUGGACUCAGAGGAGCCUGUAUUUGAGGCAGUGUUGAAUUGGGUUAAACACAAUAGGAAAGAGAGGGAGACGUAUUUAUCAGAGAUGCUGGAGCAUGUGCGGAUGCCUUUGCUCACUCCGCGCUAUAUCACAGACGUUAUUGACUCAGAGGUGAGGCAGCUAGACCACACACUGUCACAUGAUGUAGGCAGUUUUCUUGUCUUAGCCCUCCCCAUAAUGGGUUUGUGUUAAUACAUCAACAGCCAGUUUCCUGUUAAUAAAUUAAGCCUAGUCCUGGCCUAAAAUCCACUUUCAAUGAAGAUUCUCCAUUGAGAAUGAUUUAUAGUGUGAGUCCGGAAAACAGGCCUCAAGUGUUGAGCAGAGGAAUAAACUUUUGUGGUGUUUUAUGUGUUAUUACUGUCUGGAUAAAGUACUGUAUAUGUUGUGACGUGUUCCAGCCCCUCAUUCGAUGCAGUCUUCCCUGUCGAGACCUUGUGGAUGAGGCCAAGAAAUUUCACCUUAGACCUGAGCUGAGGAGUGAGAUGCAGGGGCCACGCACCCAAGCCAGAUUAGGUACAGUACUGUCCUCCCUUUUUUGGGGUGCUUUUCUUGUCCUAAUAAUAGGGAUACAAGACAAGCUUAGUGGGAGUUGCCAUCUUGUUAUUGAUGUGAAAAAGUGAUUCACUGUUGCUCUUUCAAGGUGCCAAGGAGGUCCUGCUGGUUAUUGGAGGAUUCGGCAGCCAACAAUCCCCUAUAGAUAUUGUUGAGAAGUAUGAUCCUAAAACUCAGGAGUGGAGCUUUUUACCUGUAAGUGGCAUUUAUUUUAUUACACAUGUUGUCUCUAUUCUCUGAUCAUGGUUAGCUUAUCCCAAGCAUAUUUUUACAGAACAUUGCUCGGAAAAGGCGUUAUGUGGCUACCGUGUCCCUCAAUGACCGCGUGUAUGUGAUUGGCGGCUACGAUGGUCGAUCACGGCUUAGCUCGGUGGAGUGCUUGGACUACACGGCAGACGAGGAUGGUGUCUGGUACAACGUCGCCACUAUGAAUGUACGGCGUGGCCUUGCCGGGGCGACAACACUCGGAGGUAGAGGAUCUUCUCUGAUUGACAGUCCUCAUUGUCAUGGGGUUUACAAAAACAAAUAGCACUGAAGUGAGUGACUGUCCUCAGGUGUUACAAAACCUGUAAGUGUUUUCUAAUGCAGACAUUCAAAAAGUUGUUGGAACAUUUCCUAACAUAUCUUUUCUCACUUUUCUGCCAACAGAUAUGAUCUAUGUUGCUGGAGGCUUUGACGGUAGUCGCCGUCACACCAGCAUGGAACGAUAUGACCCCAAUAUUGACCAGUGGAGCAUGCUGGGGGACAUGCAGACAGCCAGGGAAGGAGCUGGCCUGGUGGUGGCUAGUGGACUCAUAUACUGUCUAGGUGGGUAUUAAAGAUGUUUGAUUUAAGUUUGUAAUGGUGUUGGUGUAUAAAUAUUUAAAAUAUCACCUGUUUUUCCCCUGACCUUAGUAAGGAUAUACAGUGGGGAAAAAAAGUAUUUAGUCAGCCACCAAUUGUGCAAGUUCUCCCACUUAAAAAGAUGAGAGAGGCCUGUAAUUUUCAUCAUAGGUACACGUCAACUAUGACAGACAAAAUGAGGAAAGAAAAUCCAGAAAAUCACAUUGUAGGAUUUUUUAUGAAUUUAUUUGCAAAUUAUGGUGGAAAAUAAGUAUUUGGUCAAUAACAAAAGUUUCUCAAUACUUUGUUAUAUACCCUUUGUUGGCAAUGACACAGGUCAAACAUUUUCUGUAAGUCUUCACAAGGUUUUCACACACUGUUGCUGGUAUUUUGGCCCAUUCCUCCAUGCAGAUCUCCUCUAGAGCAGUGAUGUUUUGGGGCUGUCGCUGGGCAACACGGACUUUCAACUCCCUCCAAAGAUUUUCUAUGGGGUUGAGAUCUGGAGACUGGCUAGGCCACUCCAGGACCUUGAAAUGCUUCUUGCGAAGCCACUCCUUCGUUGCCCGGGCGGUGUGUUUGGGAUCAUUGUCAUGCUGAAAGACCCAGCCACGUUUCAUCUUCAAUGCCCUUGCUGAUGGAAGGAGGUUUUCACUCAAAAUCACACGAUACAUGGCCCCAUUCAUUCUUUCCUUUACACGGAUCAGUCGUUCUGGUCCCUUUGCAGAAAAACAGCCCCAAAGCAUGAUGUUUCCACCCCCAUGCUUCACAGUAGGUAUGGUGUUCUUUGGAUGCAACUCAGCAUUCUUUGUCCUCCAAACACGACAAGUUCUAUUUUGGUUUCAUCUGACCAUAUGACAUAUGACAUUCUCCCAAUCCUCUUCUGGAUCAUCCAAAUGCACUCUAGUAAACUUCAGACGGGCCUGGACAUGUACUGGCUUAAGCAGGGGGACACGUCUGGCACUGCAGGAUUUGUGUCCCUGGCGGCGUAGUGUGUUACUGAUGGUAGGCUUUGUUACUUUGGUCCCAGCUCUCUGCAGGUCAUUCACUAGGUCCCCCCGUGUGGUUCUGGGAUUUUUGCUCACCGUUCUUGUGAUCAUUUUGACCCCACGGGGUGAGAUUUUGCGUGGAGCCCCAGAUCGAGGGAGAUUAUCAGUGGUCUUGUAUGUCUUCCAUUUCCUAAUAAUUGCUCCCACAGUUGAUUUCUUCAAACCAAGCUGCUUACCUAUUGCAGAUUCAGUCUUCCCAGCCUGGUGCAGGUCUACAAUUUUGUUUCUGGUGUCCUUUGACAGCUCUUUGGUCUUGGCCAUAGUGGAGUUUGGAGUGUGACUGUUUGAGGUUGUGGACAGGUGUCUUUUAUACUGAUAACAAGUUCAAACAGGUGACAUUAAUACAGGUAACGAGUGGAGGACAGAGGAGCCUCUUAAAGAAGAAGUUACAGGUCUGUGAGAGCCAGAAAUCUUGCUUGUUUGUAGGUGACCAAAUACUUAUUUUCCACCAUAAUUUGCAAAUAAAUUCAUAAAAAAUCCUACAAUGUGAUUUUCUCAAUGUUUUUUCCUCAAUUUGUCUGUCAUAGUUGACGUGUACCUAUGAUGAAAAUUACAGGCCUCUCUCAUCUUUUUAAGUGGGAGAACUUGCACAAUUGGUGGCUGACUAAAUACUUUUUUUCCCCACUGUAUGUCAUUUGUUGCAGGUGGGUACGACGGAUUGAAUAUCCUAAAUUCAGUGGAACGGUAUGACCCUCACACAGGACACUGGACGAAUGUUACCCCCAUGGCCACUAAACGCUCAGGUCAGUACUCCAGUAGGACAAUAUAAUAGUAUCAGGGCAGUAUAUAGAUUAUAUACAGUAUGGCUCUCUCUACAUAUGGCUAUGGUUAGUAUAUCUGAAGGGCCUAUAAUCUUUGUUGCAGGGGCUGGUGUCGCCUUGCUCAACGACCACAUCUAUGUGGUGGGAGGCUUCGAUGGAACAGCGCACCUUGACUCCGUGGAGGUUUACAACAUUAGGACAGACUAUUGGACCACGGUAGCCAGUAUGACCACUCCGCGCUGCUAUGUUGGAGCUACCGUCCUCCGGGGACGACUCUACGCCAUAGCUGGGUAAGCCUAAACAUCCCAACCCUUCUCCGACUUUAAUAUAUUUUAAAUAUUUUAAACGAGUGGAAAUUCACUGUCCCUUCAUAUGUUUAUUGCUUUUAAUGACAGACAGAUGAGAAACAGGUGAAGAGGAGAUACAGAGUCAAGGGAGGACACAGGGAUUGAACCCGGGUCUCCGGCUGGGAGUUGUACAUGUGCAUAGAGCCAGGAGUGUUACCACUCAACCACGGCUCUGUGCCCAACUUCAGUAUUGACAGAGAUAUAGAUGCAUUUUGGUUGGGAUUAUUCAUAUAAAUUAUGUAUGACAACUCUUUUAAUUGAUUUAUAUUAUUCUUGCUUAGAUAACAUUGUAAUAUCUGAAUCAUAAAAGCAACCUCCCCUUAUGGUCCAGUCUUCGAUUAUGAGGAUGUGACUGAAUCAGCCAUAUGAUGUUGUUCAUCCUCCCCUGUGCUCUUUUUCCCUCUCUCCAGGUAUGAUGGAAACUCCCUUCUGAGCAGUAUUGAGUGUUACGACCCAGUUAUUGACAGCUGGGAGGUGGUCACCUCCAUGGCCACACAGCGCUGCGAUGCAGGAGUGUGUGUCCUGCGAGAGAAGUGA